AUGGCCCGGCACGCGCCCAAUGGCAUUGUCCAGGCAAUGCAAUUGCUGCGGUUACAAGGGACUCCAUAUCGUCGUGUGAUCCCAUCCUUACGGCCAACCGCCCGCUUCUACGCGACCGAGACCGAGCCGCAGACCCCAUCAACGGAGGCUUUACCAGAGCAGACCGCAGAACCCCAGCUCGAAGUCCGACCUGCACCAGAGAUCAACUUCGCAAAGUUUCAGCAGCGCCCAGCUCGGAUUGUCCCAGCUUCACGGGCAUAUUUCUCCGGCAACCCACGAUUCAUCGAUCACGUCCUGAACCUGGAGCAUUUACAACAGAAGUAUGCUUCGCUCCCACAAGUGCCGGCCGGAGAAGCGCCUCGAAUGGCCUGGUUCAAGCUGGCCCAGUUUCGCGACUUCGUCGGCGAGGCUGUCCCGGUCAAGAAGUACCGAAGCUUGCUCAAGCUUCUGCAGCAACUGAACCGUAUUGAGCCCGGGAUCGCACCGCAAGAAGUCCGCACAGCUAUUUCCGUGUUCCUGCGACCGGGAAAUCCGUACGCGAAGGAGCACACCCCGCGCGAGGUCGAUGAGAACGGCUGUGCGCGUGCCAAGGGAAAGAGGAAGACGUCGACUGCGGUUGUGCAGCUUGUUGAGGGCGAGGGCGAGGUGCUUGUGAAUGGCCGAUCCAUCGUGGAUGUGUUCCCGAGGGUAGAUGACCGAGAGAAGGCGCUGUGGGCGCUGCGAUCCACCGAACGGAUUGAUAAGUAUAACGUCUGGGUCAGAGUCCACGGCGGUGGCUCAACUGGCCAGGCAGAGGCUAUCACGCUCGCCAUUGGACGGGCACUGAUGUUGCAUGAGCCAGGUUUGAAGCCUGUUUUGCGAAAAGCUGGUGCUAUCACGGUCGAUGCUCGUCGUGUGGAGAGGAAGAAGCCGGGUCAUGUCAAGGCCCGCAAGAUGCCUACCUGGGUCAAGCGGUGA